AGAAGAUAAACAACUUCAUUUCAUCUCAACUGCACAUAUUUCCUCCUCAUAAUUCAAGCAGCCACAAUGGCGUCUGUGGUACUGUUGAGGCAUCUUGUCAUCUUCUUCUGUCUGCUUCAUCUGCACUUUCAAAGCAUUCAGGGUGUACCGAACACUCUCUGCCUUGAUAAAAUGACCCAGUAUUUUUAUGAUCAUGUCCAGCCAAAGCAAGGGAAACAAAAUUUUCAGUAUGCACUUGCAAUCGCUGUCCAGGAGGAUCAGUGUACAAAUGAACAAUCUGAUAUCCAGACAGAAUUCAGCUUGACAGAUGCUGCAAAUGUGAGAAAUCUUCUCAAUGGGAAAAUGAAAUGUGAACUCUGCACAUCAUCAAAAAAUGUUAUUGCCUCACGACCAGUUCCAAUAAGUAAAAAAAAAGAUGAACACUCUGAGCAUGUUCUGCUCUAUCCUGUAGGUAACUCUCUCAUGGACAAACUUCUAACAGAGAAAUCCAAGUCGGACUGUGUAGUGUUCUUUUCGUACAACUCACCUUGUGUGAAAACAUGCCUUCAGAGUAACGACAAUAUUAAGGAAGGCCUUAGUAAUUGGAUAAAUAAAAGAAAAGACACAACGAAUGCUUUUGUCUUCCAAGAUGUUUGGCAGAAUGACAAGCGCAGCGUUCUCGAGGAAGAAUUUAAAAACAUUAAUGCUAUAGUGCCUCUUUAUCGGUGUGCGAUAACCGCCAAUGUGAUGAAGUGUCAGAAAUGUGUGGAUAAUAAUAAUGUUGUGGAUUCCUUCUGUCUGCCUAAUGAAAAUCCAGUCCUUUUCCUCUUCCAGGAAAUGGCUACCUCAGCGCUUGAACUAUGGAGUUUUGUUAGUGUACUCUUGCCCAUCACACUCAGUGGGCUAUGAAAUCAUAAUUAUCACACAACACAAGAGA